UAUAUCCAUUUCCUUUUCUCUCUCCUAGUAUCUCCCCUGGUUUUGCCCUGUUUUUCUAUCAACGCAUAAUGGAGAACGCUCUGAACACGCAGAAAUUUCACCUUGGAGCACAGACAUCUUUGAGAAUACUGACAAUUGCGACUACAAUGGCAGCUACAUGGCUGAUGAUGACCAGCAAGGAAAUUGCUAUUGUUUAUGGGUUGCCAUUCGAGGCAAAAUAUAGCUAUGUCUCUGCUUUCAAGUUUUUCUCUUAUGCAAAUGCCAUUGCAUGCGGCUUCACAGCGGUGUCCUUGUUAUUCUUGUUCAUCUUCGGUCGUAAGGGAUUAACCCCUAGUUGGUUUUUCAUCUUGUUCCUCCAUGACUUGUGCAUGUUCUCCCUGGUGCUCUCGGGUGUAGCUGCCGCGACAGCAAUAGGGCUGGUGGGCAGGUACGGGAACAGCCAUGCCGGGUGGAUGCCAAUCUGCGAUAACAUGUCCAAGUUCUGCAAGAGAGUGACAAUUUCCUCUGCAUUCGGUUACUGUUCAGUCAUUUUGUUGCUGCUGCUUUCCAUCAUGGCGGCAAGCAAGUCUAGACAAAUUAAGGUUUAGAAGAAAUGGAUGACAUAAAGAAGAAGAAGAAGAAGAAGAAGGGAAGGGGUGAUGACGCAAUUGCGCAACGUGUGUGCCUUUGUUAUAAACUCUGUGGCCGUUUCAGUUUCUUUUAAUUUAGGUAAUAUUGUUCUUAAAACAAAUUCUCACAAUCCUAUUUCAUCCCAAAAAAAAAAAAAAUGUAGGUUAGAUUGUGGGAAUUUAUGAAAAGGAAAGAAUGGCAUUAUGGUUUAAAAAUCUUUUGUGUUGCCAUAUGUAAAGGCUCAGAAAUAAGCACAAUAAUAAAAUUUUCUAUUGUCG